GCGUCAAUUUGUGGUAAAUUAUCAAAAUUUCAAUAGUUUUGCUACAAAGUCAUUACCAGAAAUGGGGCAAUCACACUUAAAUUUGGAGGAGCUGCGAACCUAUUUCAAAACCCACGGUAAAAUUCGCGAACAAAAAGCACACACAUCAAAAGUGCAUUCUGUUGGUUGGAGCUGUGAUGGGAGACGCUUGGCAUCUGGUUCAUUUGACAAAACUGUGGCGGUCUAUACACUAGAACGAGAUCGUGUGAGCAAGGAGAAUACGUACCGCGGCCAUACCGGUUCGGUGGAUCAGCUAUGCUGGCAUGCAACAAAUCCCGAUCUGUUAAGUACAGCUAGUGGUGAUAAGACUGUACGUAUAUGGGACAUACGCGCUGGCAAGUGUUCCACCGUGACAAAUACUAAAGGCGAAAAUAUAAACAUCACCUGGUCGCCUGAUGGCAAAACCAUUGCGGUUGGUAAUAAAGAAGACUUGGUAACAUUUAUUGAUACUCGUACAAACAAAAUACGAGCUGAGGAACAAUUCAAUUUCGAGGUAAACGAAAUUGCUUGGAAUAAUACGAGUGAUCUGUUUUUUUUGACUAACGGCUUGGGAUGCGUGCAUAUAUUAAGUUACCCUAGUCUGGAAUUGCAGCACGUUUUAAAAGCUCACCCAGCUACUUGUAUUUGCAUAGAAUUUGAUCCUACCGGUAAAUACUUCGCAACGGGUUCAGCGGAUGCACUUGUCUCACUGUGGGACGCAAAUGAACUGGCGUGCCUGCGGGUGCUCUCACGUUUGGAUUGGCCUGUACGCACCAUUUCUUUCAGUCACGACGGCAAACUUUUGGCGUCGGCUAGUGAAGACUUGCUCAUAGAUAUAGCGCAUACAGAAACUGGCGAAAAAGUUGCAGAUGUCACUGUAGAUGCAGCAACUUUUACAGUGGCAUGGCAUCCGAAGCAAUAUUUACUUGCCUAUGCUUGUGACGACAAAGAUAAUAACGAUCGAAGACGGGAAGCGGGCAAUCUUAAAGUUUUUGGAUUUUCUGAAUAAUUGAAUUGUAUUUAAAUAAAUAAAGACAUAUGUGUGUAUGUAUGUA